AGCUCCCCCUUGCGGAGCUCCAGGGCGCGGGCCGCCUCUUCGGGGCAUGCGCACAGCGGCUCCAUGUCCAGACGCAACUUCUGGGCCGGAGCCCCCGACCAGCCACUAAAGGCCACAAACGUCGUGCUAUGGACGCAGCCAUCUUGGAUAGGGGACGUGGAGUCACGCACUCUUCGUCCCACCCUCUUUGCGUUUAGACCAAUUGCAGAGCUGUGGUCCCGGACGCUGCAGGCGGCGGGAUGUCCUGGUCCGGCCUUCUGCGUGGCCUCAAGACGUCCCUAAGUUAUGGCCUAGCCCUCGCCCCCCGGCCCUGGGCCACCCGUGCCAUGGCCACCCUGAACCAGAUGCACCGCCGGGGGCCUGCAAAGUGGGCGCCGGCCCGGCCAGGCCCUACGGAAGGCCGGCCACAGCUGAAGGGCGUGGUUCUGCGCACCUUCAUCCGCAAGCCCAAAAAGCCCAACUCGGCCAACCGCAAGUGCUGCCGCGUGCGGCUUAGCACAGGCUACGAAGCCGUCUGCUUCAUCCCCGGGGAGGGCCACAGCCUGCAGGAGCACCACGUCGUGCUGGUGCAGGGUGGCCGCACCCAGGACCUGCCAGGCGUCAAGCUCACUGUCGUGCGAGGAAAGUAUGACUGUGGCCACGUGCAGAAGAAGAAGUGACCGUGGGACCAGGCGGGCGGGGCUUGUAGGAACAGAACCUGCCUCCCUGGGCUCCUGCGGCGUCCUUGGAAAGCAAGUCCAGCUCUGGCAGCAGCCACUCCUGGGAUCAAAUCCUGGCUCUGCCUCCUCCAUCGGGACUGGCCUGUCAGGGCCCGGAUGUGUUGUCAUGGGGUACACUUCUGCCUGGACAAGACACUGUACUGCCUGCCCUCUGCUGGGAAGGGGUUGCAAUAAACACGUUCUCCAGGUGGUCAUGUGGACCCCUAGUGCUGUGGGCCCUCACGGUGGCCCUUGCCACUGGCAUCCCUGUUGGGCCUUUGUUUCCUACACCAAAAAUAGCUCCACUUGCAGUAACUCCUCUGUCAUGUUUGCAUGACACAGGCUGUAUAGGCCUCACCUCGCGUGCAGGGGGCUAUUGUGUUAAAGGUGGGAGUCAGGAGGCCUGGCAAGCUUCCUCCUGAAAAAUAGCAGUUGCUGUAAUGUUGGUGACAAAGGAAUGUUGAAAGGAUUGAAUGGGGUGGCCAUCCCCGCAUGGGAGCCCUCUGCCUGUGCUGGUCUCAGACUCCCACACCUUUCAACGCCUGCCUCCUCCUGAUUGUUCCGUGACAUGGGGUUUAUUUGUUCCCCCUGCUGGGCCUGUUUCCUCCUUUGGAAAAUGGAACCAAGAGUAAAACUGGCCUCACCUGAUCAUGUACUCUGCCCCUGGGAGCUGGGAGCUGUGCUGAUAGGUCUGGGCCUGGAGCCCCACUUGGGUCCUGCCUCCGCUGCUUCCUGGCCUAGUUGCCUCAGGCAGGCUGUUUUCAGCCUUGAGUCUGUUCCUCCCUGGACUGAACGGUGGAGGUCACAUGCAUGUCCCAGAGCUGUUGGGAGAACUGUAGAGAACCCAAUGAGCACUUUCAGCAACUUCCUGGUUCUCUGAGCCCCGGGCUUAGCAUACCCCCUAAAGUUCUCGCUUUUGGAAACAUUCCACUAGGCCUUUCAGGAUCAGAGCCUGCUGCAGGCAAGUAAAUGGAUCAGAUGAAAACCCCCAUCACCACAUGUUUAGCACCAAUUUUAUUGUGCCAGUUUGGUUGCUGUGCCCAGCUGGGGAGGUAGCGGGGCCCCUGGGGUCAGAACAGGAGAGCUUUCCUUCCCAGCAGGCCUUGCUCCUGGAGCCCCUGUGCAUGUGGACUUGAAUGUGGAGGAGGUAAUGGCCAGCAGGAGGCGAGCUGCCCCAUGGGCGGAGCAGGAGGUAGCCAUGGGGGACUGUGUAAGGGGUCAGUGGAUACUUGGCCUCAUGAAAUUGGAAAGAAACAGUCUGGGCCAAAGGGAAGGUGUUGGUGGGGGCUGCAUGGGCCUCACAGCUGAACCCCAGAGACUCCAGAAAUGCAGAAAGAGCUUCCUUCGAUGUCUCCAGUUGCCCCUCCAGGACAGCUGGUCAGGGCUGCCUCUGCUUCCUGCCGGCAGCCUGUUAUCUAGGGGUGGCAGGUAAGAGCCACGGCCAGGUUGUUGGCAGCUUUCUCUUCGCUUACAGUUCCUGGUUUAUCCUUCCAUCUGUGCUCCGUUGACACAUGUGCGAAAGCAGUUCUCUGCCCCCACCCAGGAAGCUGAGAACGCUGUGAGCAGCAUAGUUUGGGCCCUGGUUUUUCACCCAGCGAGGGUUCCCGGGCAGCAUAUGGGGAACAGACCACGCGGGUCCCCCGAAGUCUCCGGGCAGCCCCUGCUCCUGACUGCAGAGGCACCCUCAAUGUCCCCAGUGUCGUGCAGAAGGCAGGUCCUCCCGGAAGGCCGGAUCAGGCUGGUGGGCUAGGACAGGCGGAUCCGGACCCUCACGCUGGAGUGGGUCACCAGGGCGCCAUAGUGCCCCACCCAGGACCGCGUGUCCCGCCCGUACUGCUCAAAAGACACGUAGCGGAUGCCCUUGCCGAAGUUGCUGAAGACGUGGGAGACCUGCGUGGGGAAGGGGCGCGACCGGCUGAGGACCUGUGGGUUCCUCUUCCUCCACCUGAACAGACAGAUGCCUCCCAGGGCACCAGGCUCUGUUCUAGGCCCUGGGGAGGCAGCAGUGAAGAAGGCAGCGUAAAGACCCUGUCCCACCCCCCUCAAGCUGACAGUAACUCGGGGACUCACACCUGAAGAUGGAAGGGACAGAGGGGACCCUGCGGGAGGAAGGGUGGGCUGUCAAGUGAUUUGGCAAAGGCCCCAGUGAGGGGACAUUUGAGCAGAGACCUGGAGGAGGGCAAGGAGCCCAUGGGGAUCUGGGGGAAGAAUGUUCCAUACCAGAGACAGUCCAUGCAAAGGCCUGGAGAAGUAGGCGGGGUCAGGAAAGUAAUGGGGCCUGACCACUGUAGGUCACCUGACCACUGUACCUUUUGCAAAUUUUUAAAUUUAUUUAUGCAUACAAGAUAAGGGGUGUCGGCAGUGAGAGAGUGGGGAACAAAACAGGCAGAUGUAGUGAAAUACACUGCUGAGGGGAGCAGUGGGCGAGACAGGAAAGGUCUGCCACACCAUGUGUGUCAGCUCCCUGGCCGGCUGGCCUUGAUAGCGCUGUGUUUAACCCCUGCACCAUCAGGGAGGCCCUUUGCAAAUUUUUAAGAAAAAUGAGAUAAAACUUGCCUCACAAAAUUGAAGCUGUACAAUUCAAUGGCUUUCAGUAUAUUCACAGUGUUAGGCAGCCAUCACCACAGAAUGUUCCGGAACAUUUACAUCAUCACAGGGAAAAAAAUCCUCCCAUGCCUCAGCCGUCACUUCCAAUUCCUCCCUUCCUGUCACUGCUGGGCCUUGGGGCUCCACCCUGCGCAGUCACACACCAGGUGGCUUUCCCGGCCUCUUCCCCUCAGUGGUGUGUUUCCAUUCCUUUCUCUAGCCGUGGGUGGGACUUGGGCUUUUACUUGCAGAUGUAUCCGGGGAGGGCUGUAAGCAGGGGAGACUAGUGAUCUGACUAGUUGGAAUGGGGUGUUCCCACUGCUGAGCCUGCCUUGGGAGGGUGGUGGGUGAGGGGCGGUGGGUGAGAG